UACAACAUUUGUAACAGGGGUUCAUGGCAUGCUCGUUGUUAUGGUGGUGCGUUAAGGAUGAACUUAGGUCCACAGUGGUCAUGCAAGGUUUGGGAAUCUUCUACAGGGACAGAACCGGGAUUUUUCUAUAGAAAACUUUAUGCCCGUCAUGAACAAACUUUAGCUAAUUCCACCAGGUAUAAAUCAAAACCAAGUGUUCAUAAACUUCGUUGGAAAAAGAAAUUCUCAAGCCUGAAAACAAGCACCACAAGAAAAGCUACUAGAGCAUAUGGUCCAGAAGCUACUGAUGUUGUAGAAGAUGUCUCCACUACAGUACUUCAAAAACUUCAAGAUAAAUUUUUACAAACUCAUAUCAAUCUUUCGGCCCAACAGUGUAAAAAUAUAACUACUUCUACAGUUGUUCAAUCUCAGUCAGGUCUUUGGCAUUCAGAAAGGAAAAAGAGAAUAACUGCAUCUAACUUUGGUUCAAUUGUCAAAAGAAAUCCAUCUCUGCCUAUUGCAAAAUUUGUCCGUAACAUUCUUUAUUCGUCAUUCAGUGGAAAUCGUCACACAAGAAAUGGUAUUAACCAAGAAGACACAACAAUAGAGGAAUACAAACUAAAGAAAGCUGAAGAAAAUGAAAAUGUAUCUGUAGAACGCAGUGGACUGGUCAUGCAUCAUACCAACAAAUACUUGGCAGCUAGCCCAGAUGGCAUAGUUACUAUAUCCACAGGAGAAACUGGUAUUAUUGAAAUAAAAAACUUACUACAUUCUAAACCUUUAAACCUUUGGCAAGCAUCAGCAAACAAAACAUUCUGCUUAGAAAAUAUAUCGGGAAAACUGCAACUAAAAGAAAACCACAACUACUUUUACCAAUGUCAUGGACUUCUUAACAUCUGCAAUAAAGACUGGAUUGAUUUUGUGGUCCGCACAUUGAAUCCUCACCAAAUUUUUAUUCAGAGAAUUUAUCGAGAUGUCUCUUUAUGGGAAAAUACAAUGCUUCCGAAACUUCAAUCUUUUUACAACAAGGCAAUACUUCCUGAAUUAGCUUCACCUAGAGAGGGGAAAAGUCCAGGAAUUAGAGAACCUGGGAUGUGGGUAAGUCUGAAAAUAUGCACAAAUGCAUAUAUAAUAAAAAGAAAUGAGUCCUGAUACCUAUAUGAUAAAGUAAUAACAAAUGAAGAUAAUAAAUUUAAAAUAAUAUCAAUUAAAGGUAGGUAUUAAUAUCUUGUGCUAUCAUUUGUUAGUACAUGAUAAAGCAAAACUCUUGACAUUUAUUCAAACCAAA